AUGGCUGACACAUCUCCUGUUGUACGCCCGAUCCUCUUAUGGGGGCCGGUGCUUCUCCUUGUGGCGUACUAUCCCGCCCUUUUGAUAUAUCGGCUAUUUUUCUCGCCUAUGAGCAAGAUCCCCGGUCCAUGGAUGACAAGAAUCUCCGAUAUCCCCGAGGCAAAUGCCUUGAAGGACAAAAGACGAGCUGAAUGGGCCAGCGAACUCUUUGCCCAAUAUCCAGACUCUGUUGCUGUGAGGACACGCCCAAAUUCCGUGUCAUUUAACCACCCAGAUGCGGUCAAGGCCAUCUAUGGCCAUGGAAAGGGAGCAGAAGAGUUUGGCAAGUCAAGCUGGUACGAUGCCUUCUCGACCACAGGGGAAUCCUUGUUCUCGACGCGGUCCAAAAAGAAUCACGCACGGAAGCGGCGUAUGGUAUCCCACGGCUUCAGCAUGCAGUCUCUGUAUUCGUUCGAGCCCUAUGUCGACUCGGUGAUGGAGAUCUUCCUGCAGAAAAUGGACGAGUUUGCAAGAACCCAGCAACCCUUUGACAUUUAUUUCUGGUUCGAGCUCUUCACCAUGGACCUGAUGGGCGAACUCGCCUUUGGCCACAACUUCGGCGCCAUCCAGGGUGGCCAGCCGGUCAAAUAUUCCAAGCUCGUGGAACUUUCUCAGCGGUUUGCCAACCUCAGCGGCAUGCUACCUUUCGGCAAGUACAAUGUCAAAAUCCUGAGCAUGGUGCCGUCACCAUACAUUCAGUCGCUGUACAGAGCGCGACUUGAAUACUUGGAGUAUGCCAGGCAGGCACUGGAGAAACGAUUUCAGGAUAACCGUAACCAAGUGCCUCUUGGUGGCAAGCCGAGGCAGGAUAUCAUGCAGCGCUUCAUCGAGGCACAGGACCCGGAGACAGGAGGGCGCAUGGACUUCCCAGAGCUCAGGGCCGAGGCCUCCUCAUUGAUGGUCGCCGGAGCAAGCACAGGGAGUGUUACCAUGAACUGGAUGACUUACUACCUCAGCAAGAACCCUUCUGUCAAGCAGCGCAUCAUUCAACAACUCGAAGACAUGUUCCCGGACAACCUGGACGCCUCGACCCCUCUGCCCUUCUCGAUGUUGAACAAGCUGAGCCUCCUCGAGGCCACCGAGAUCGAGUGCCUGCGGAUGCACCCACCCAUCGGCUACGCCAUGCCACGUAUGACUCCCCCCCAGGGAGCCGUCAUCUGCGGCGUCUACGUCCCCGGCAACGUCGACGUCGGGGUGCCCGCGGCCACCAUCGGACGCAAUCCCAUCGUCUAUCGCGAUCCCAACACAUGGAAUCCGGACCGCUGGCUGGACGAGAAGGCCGACCUGGCCACCAUGAAGACAUGUUUCCUGGGCUUCGGCUUCGGGAGCAGACAAUGCAUCGGGAGAAACGUGGCCAACCAGUUCAUCAUCAAGAUGCUCGCGACCUUGUUGUUGAGGUACGAUAUCGAGCUCGAAGACCCCAACCUAGUUCUGGGCACCAAGGAGUUCACCAUCCUCAAGCCGGAUCGCAACUAUAAUGUCAUCCUGCGGCCGAGGAAGCACAAUUAA